UGUAAUCGUAGGUGUGGGGGACCGGGGGAGGCGGGUACGGGUCGUGAAGGUAGGCUGACGGGUCCCUCGGGAAGGUGUUGCGGGGGAAACAUGUUGCUGGAUCUUCACAGAGUUCCAGCAACAACUCCGAGUUUCUCCUGAAAGAAAGACAGACAACUGAGCCACAACACAGCUGGUAAUGUCCGUAGUUAAUGGAGAACUGUAGCUACUACUGAUACGGAACACCUAACAGGAAACUGAUUGUCAAAAAAGUUCUUCUUUGGAAACCGAAACUAGUGAUCUGACAAAAAUGUUCAGGCAGCAAGGCUUCUCCACCCUUCCAGCGAGGAUCUGUAAUUUACGCGACAACAGCAGGGCGCCUCUCGGAUCUCCAUAUAGGACUCUGCGCUGGAUCUGCUGUUCCAUCACCAAACCCUCAGCGCCAAAGCAGGAGUAGAAGGUCUGGUUUCCGUGCCAUGUGCAGAGCGACAUGUAUGUGUGAUUUCAUGCGGUGACAGCGGAGAGGAAUGGACCAGUUGUCAUCAAAUUCCUGCAGACGCACCGACGGUGAUACAUUGAAGGCUGUCGUGUAGAGAGAAGACUUUGAAUACGCAGCGGCCAAUCCGAGAUACGUUUUUAUUGCCAGAGAGAAGACAGAGAUCGCUUCAAUGUCGACCAUAACAAUGGGGGAGCAGCCCAUCUACAGCACGAGGGCCCACGUCUUCCAAAUUGACCCCAACACCAAGAAGAACUGGCUGCCCACCAGCAAGCACGCCGUCACCGUCUCGUACUUCUACGACAGUACGCGCAAUGUCUACCGCAUCAUCAGCCUGGACGGCACCAAGGCAAUAAUCAACAGCACGAUCAGUCCCAACAUGACGUUCACAAAGACCUCACAGAAGUUUGGCCAGUGGGCGGACAGUCGAGCCAACACGGUGUACGGCCUGGGAUUCUCCACUGAGCAUCAUCUAGCCAAGUUUGCGGAGAAGUUCGGGGAGUACAAAGAAGCAGCGAGGCUCGCUAAAGAGAAGAGCCAAGAGAAGAUGGAGAUGGCCACGUCUCCCUCUCAGGAGUCUCCAGGAGGCGAGCUCUCGUCACCUUUGACCCCGGUGACCCCGCCCAUGGAAAACAUCAAUGGCACAGACGACAUCUGCGACUCGACUCCAAACUCAGACUCCCGUCCAGAGCCGUCUCAGAACGCACUGGCCUUCGCACACAGCCCUGUCAUGACUAAACACUGGGAGGCAGAGCUGGAGGCACUAAAGGGAAACAAUGCCAAGCUAACGGCUGCUCUCCUGGAGUCCACAGCCAACGUCAAACAGUGGAAACAACAACUGGCUGCCUACCAGGAGGAGGCCGAGAGACUACACAAACGGGUGACAGAGCUCGAGUGCCAGAGCAACCAAACUCCAGUGAUCAAAUCCCAGAAGACUGAACUCAACCAAACCAUAGAGGAGCUGGAGAACACGCUAAGGGAUAAAGAAGAGGAAAUGGAAAGGUUGAAAGAGGAAUUGGAAAACAUGAAUGACCUAAUGGAGCAAAAAGACACCCUAACCCAGAAACUUGAGGAGACAGAGCUGCGCAGCCGGGUGCUGGAGGAGCAGCUGUCGGGGGCCGAGCAGCGGCUGGAGGAGAACCAGGAGGAGCAGGAGAACUUCAGGAAGAGCCUGAGGACGAUGCUGGAGCUGCUGGACGGGAAGAUCUUUGAGCUGACGGAGCUCAGAGACACCUUGGCUCGGCUCAUAGAGGAGGCCAGCUAGAGGCGGAGCUGCCUAAUCCCCACAGACAGAGCCAUACGAUAAUUUAAACCCUGACACCCCCAUCUCACCCACACAGAUUUUACCCACAAUGCCCCACCUUCCUCCUAACCCCACACACAAUCAAACUGAGACACCACACUGCCCCAAUUCUGAUUCUGAUCAAAAAGGGCAGCUAACCCCCCCAGAUUUACCUUGCAGGCAUCAACUCCAUGCCACCACAGGCACUCCUGUAGUUCAUGACACAACACAGGGACUACCUCGUCCUGCCUGCUAAUUGGCUGGUGUAGGCGCGACCAUGGUUGUAUCGAUCUCUCCGGAUGAUUGUCUUGGCACUCAGCAACUGCCCCCCUAAACCCACCCACACACUCUCAAAAAAAAGAGUGAAACUAAAGAUCUGUGCCUCAGUGCCAUCUGCUGUUUGACCGGGAGGGCUGCAUCACAGCUUGCAGCAUCUCACACACACACACACACACACACACACACACACACACACACACACACACACACACGCACACGCACACAAGCCCCUUUUCUUCCUCUCUAAACUGCCCCCCCCCCCCAGGGGAAUGUUGAAAGUCAUGUGGAAAUAAUUGCUGUUAAGACUCAGAGAACUGCGCCAAAGCUGCCAAAUCCCCCCAAAAUAUUGUCCUCUUAACUCGCAGAUGCUUUGAUCCAAAGUGACUUACUGUACAGAGAAGUGCUGAACAGAGAAACGGAGAGUUGGAGCUCGGGCUGCCAGCGGCGCAUCAAUGGAAACAGAGAACUAAAGGACGGCUCUCAACAAAGUCGUCAGUCUUACCUAUUGGCCAGGACACACAGGGCUGCUGGGAAAUUAAGUUUGGUCUACUUACACACAAUGACAGCAGUAUAUCCACACCCUAUUUAAAAGCCCCACAUGAUAGAUGGUUAUUGGAUCUUCCAGAGGCAUUGUUUAUGCCACACAGAAAUUUUAGAAGGGCGUGCGCCCAUAUAACAGUUGAAAAAAUCUAGUAUCCAGACUGCUUCCACCGUUACACCUGACCUGUCUUCCUGCCAAACUCAGUGUGGUGUGUGUUCCCCAACAAGGCCUGACCUUCGACAUAACGUGUGCCUUCAAAGCACAUAUGCGUGGAGACAUGUUUGUAUAUAAUAUGUGUGUGUGAUUUGUGCUGUGAGAGAAAGACCCUGUUUUUUGGACAUCAAGGCACACACACACACACAACACACACACACUGAGCAAUACCAGACAGGCUCUUUAUGACACCUCUAUCCAACUCUAUCAGGUACUCUACUCAGUGGACUCAUGCAGAUAGGUCAAAACGCAGCUCAGCUGAUCCCCCCCUGUCCGACAGAGAGUGAACUACUGUUGACCGCGAUCCUGUGUGGCAGCCCUGUCUGGUCGAAGUCGACAUCGUGAAGGGCUUACAGAGUGUCGUCCACGUGUUGGUGAAUCUCCACCCUCAGUGAAGCUGGCCACAGAUUUUCACUCCUCACGGGUGAAUAUAGAACUGUACUCAGUUUCUAUAAUUUUUUUUACACAGGAUAUAUAACACUGAUGAUAUAAUACAACUGUAUAAGACAACUUUCUACUCAUGACCUUGUAAAUGAAUGGAUGGAUAACUCAAAAGCAGUAACGCCCUGCAACGGAUUAUUGCUGUGUAUUAACCCACGGAGAAGUAUUGCUUAGUUAUGAUAGAGUAUCCAGUAUGUAGGUAAACAAUGAAACCUCUUCAAUAUAUUUUUUAAAUGCAUACAACACAAUGUAAACACAUAGUGUACCAAAACUUCUGAAGCAGCUCUGGUAUCGGUUCAAUCCAAAACUGCAUCUUUCAAUCGCUUUCUUCAAAAAUCAUUUCUAAAAAGCUAUAUUCUCACAUGAAAUGCUGCUUAUGGUAUUUUUUAAUUGAGCACCCUGUUUGCACUAUGUUAUUACACUGUUGUAACUACAUUAUAUAUCAAGAGAUUUGCAUUAAAUACUAGCACAGCAUAAUUCUGUACUUAAAAUAUAGUAGGUAGUUACACAGGUUAAUACACUGGAAUAAGACCCAUGUAAAGGAAGUUACCCAUUUUCUUUCUUUUGGUUUAACUUUGACAGUCGAAUGACAGAGAUGGAAAACCUUGAUAUUAAUGCUAUUGUUAAUGAAUGCCUUUGUACAGUAGUGGAUAAGAAGCUUUUCAUUCUCCUGUUUUGUAACUUAUGGUAUUUAAAUGUAGGUAUUAUUAUUGUAUUUAGAGGUAUGAGAAGACUGGCAAUAUUUUUGACUAUUUAAAGUAAUUUUGAACUCAUGAUAUUAAAGAGGUACCUCAGGCUAAUGAUGUUUGCAGAGUGGUGAGACUUGUGUGUUUGCAGGUGAAAGGAUUUACCAAUUGAUGGUGAAAAGCGAUCAGGAGACACCUGUUGGUGCUUCAGCAUAAUCCAUUGUUGGGUUUGAACAAAGAAAGCCCUACCAGGUCUCUGUGAAUGAGAAAUGCUAUGUUUUAUAUUCAAAUACAGUGACAGCAGAAAUCAGUUUUUGCACAUCGCUUUUGUUCAGUUUUUGUUCUAUUUUGAGUAACACAACAUUUACCAAAUCAUUAAACAAUGAAACAGACA